AUGUGUAGGUCAACAGAUUAUCCAUUAAACUCACAAGACCAUCACAAUACCUUGAAGUUGGAGUGUUGUAAGGUUGAGCUUCCAAGCUCCUUUUCGAUUUCUGAGAUGGAACUCAAGGUUGUCUUGGAUGGACACGUGCCAACCAGAGAGAGGGUUGCGACGCCUAGUACGAGGAACAACAAACACAAGGUGAUGAAGUUGGAGGCAAUUCCAGAGGAAACAGAACUUGUUCAUACGAAAGGUGAUGCGAAUUCAGAACUAGAAGAAGCGUGCAUCCACUUGGAAAUGGAUUUGGAAGUUCUGAGGCGUGCCUUCGACAUGGGAAUUUGGGUACUCUUUCUCGGUUUGGGUUACAUGGUUUCCAGAGCUUCCAUCACAAAAAAAUUUCGUCCGUCACCAACGUUUUCUUGA